AUGUUGCACAAAGCCAAAACUGGCACGUCGAUGGCGCGCCGCCUCACUUUCUGCAAGCUGGACUAUGACGUGACGGUAAGCAUCACGAAUGUCUGCACCGCCUUGCUGAAGGACUUCCGUGGCCCUGACGGCGGUGACAACGAUGGACCGGCAUCUUUUGAGCUUCCUCAAUGUGUGGAGCAGGCGAACACCCUCAGCGGUUACUGCGGGCAUGAGCUUAUGGAUAUGCCAGCGCUUCGUGCGUUGUUCAACGAAAAUCUUGACAUGAGUAUGCUGGCCCACCUCAACAUGGCCUUGCUAGAACCAUAUAGAGACAACGAUUCAUAA